AUGACAAGGCCAGAUAUUAGCUUUGCAGUUCAAACAUUGAGUCAAUUCUUACAAAGUCCAAAGAAGUCACACAUGGAAGCAGCUAUUAGAAUUGUUAAAUAUGCAAAGAGACAGCCUGCUAUGGGAAUAUUAUUGAGUAGUAAAAAGGAAAACAAGUUGACAGCAUAUUGUGAUACAGACUGGGCAUCAUCUCCAAAUACAAGAAGAUCUGUAACAGGGUUUAUAAUUAAACAUCGAGAGUACUUGGUAACAUGGAGAUCCAAGAAGCAAGCAACCAUAUCUAGAAGUUCAGCAGAAUUAGAGUAUAGGAGUUGGUUUGGCUUGCAGCAUUAUUCAAGGAACUUGGAGAGGAAUUGGAAAUGA